AUGAAGCAGUACAUUAUCGUUGCUUCCGCUCUGCUCGUAGCAGGAGUGUUCCUGCGACUGGCCAUUUUCAAUCCAACGGGAUCUUUCUCCAGCGUUGCACCAGCAUAUUACCUGAAUAACAUCCCGUCGGGCUCGUCGCUAGGCGUCAGCAAUAGUAGGACGGGGGAGAUCGGCAGCCAGGAUGAUAUCCUAAAUUCGACUCUCGGAUUUCAAGAAAUCUUUGUCGUCAACCUACCAGAACGAACAGAUAAGAGAGACGCCAUGGCCGUGCAAGCCUCGCUAACCAACAUCACCUUCAAAAUUUCUCCGGGGGUCCGGGGUGACACGAUAUCAGAGAAAGCGAAACCCUAUGGAAUGGAGAAACUACGUCCUGCAGAAGUCGGUGCAUGGCGAGCUCACUUGAACGUGCUGCAAAAGAUUGUGGAGGAUCGCAUUAGCACAACAUUGAUCUUGGAAGACGAUGCAGACUGGGACGUCAGUAUCAAAGCUCAGAUGACCGAGUUUGCUCGCGGAACGCGCUGGCUCAUGAAUCACACAGGCCCAUCACGCUCGCCUUAUGGUGACAGUUGGGAUAUUCUCUGGGUUGGGCACUGUUCGGCGCACUCACACCAUUCCGACACUCGUCGCUGGGUGAUUCGAAAGGAUCCCACGGUCCCACCCCCAGAUAAGAGAAAUUAUGUGCUGAAGCCUUAUGAUCUGGGUUACUGGGAAGGGGCCCCUCUCUUCGAUACGCAAACUCGUCUCGUUUACAAGGCUGGCUACGGAUUCUGCUUCGCAGGCUGGGCCGUCUCUCUUCGAGGUGCUGAGAAAAUGCUGCACAGAAUGAGCAUGCUUCCCUACGAAUUGGCCGUUGACCUCGGUGUUGCUGAAAUGUGUGGUCGGGGGACAUACAACAUGACCUGCCUUGCUCCUUACCCAGCAUAUAUUGGCGUCUCGAAACCUGCUGGCAACUCCAAUCGCGGCAGCGACAUCGUGGAUGCAAACGGCCAGGGUCGUGCAGGCGAUGUUGGAACCGUCGAGCAUACCGGUGAGAAGAUUCGCGAUAAGCCGACAUCGGAGAGAGUGGUGUUUUCAACGCGGCUGAACAUCCCGCGACUGCUCGUUGGGCAAACCGAGUUCGACAGCAACUAUCCCAACGUCACAGGUCCAAUCAAGAGCAUUGGCGAAAUUACUUCCUUCGCAGGCACAGGUCAUGGGGAGUGGCUGCCUGACCCUCUACCAAGGCAUCAGUCCAGCGGGCCUUAA